AUGACUAUCUUGAUUCAACUUCCUGAGUUGUUGGGACUGCAGCUGAGGGGGGCGUCCGGCUCCGGCUCCGUGGUGCUCCCGGCGGGGAUGAUUAACCCUUCGGUGCCGAUCCGCAACAUCCGGAUGAAAUUCGCAGUGUUGAUUGGACUCAUACAGGUCGGAGAGGUCAGCAACAGGGACAUCGUGGAGACGGUGCUCAACCUGCUGGUUGGUGGAGAAUUUGACUUGGAGAUGAACUUUAUCAUCCAAGAUGCUGAGAGCAUAACAUGCAUGACAGAGCUUUUGGAGCACUGUGAUGUAACAUGUCAAGCAGAAAUAUGGAGCAUGUUUACAGCCAUUCUGCGAAAAAGUGUUCGGAAUUUACAGACUAGCACAGAAGUUGGGCUCAUUGAACAAGUAUUGCUGAAAAUGAGUGCUGUAGAUGACAUGAUUGCAGAUCUUCUAGUUGAUAUGUUGGGGGUUCUUGCCAGCUACAGCAUCACUGUAAAGGAGUUGAAGCUUUUGUUCAGCAUGCUUCGAGGAGAAAGUGGAAUCUGGCCAAGACAUGCAGUAAAAUUAUUAUCAGUUCUGAAUCAGAUGCCACAGAGACAUGGUCCUGAUACUUUUUUCAAUUUUCCCGGUUGUAGUGCUGCGGCAAUUGCAUUGCCUCCUAUUGCAAAGUGGCCUUAUCAGAAUGGCUUCACCCUAAACACUUGGUUUCGAAUGGAUCCAUUAAAUAAUAUUAAUGUUGAUAAGGAUAAACCUUAUCUUUAUUGUUUUCGUACUAGCAAAGGAGUUGGUUACUCUGCUCAUUUUGUUGGCAACUGUUUAAUAGUCACAUCACUGAAGUCCAAAGGAAAGGGUUUUCAGCACUGUGUAAAAUAUGAUUUUCAACCACGCAAGUGGUACAUGAUCAGCAUUGUCCACAUUUACAAUCGAUGGAGAAACAGUGAAAUUCGGUGUUACGUUAAUGGACAACUGGUAUCCUAUGGUGAUAUGGCUUGGCAUGUUAACACCAAUGAUAGCUAUGACAAGUGCUUUCUUGGAUCUUCAGAAACGGCUGACGCAAAUAGGGUAUUCUGUGGUCAACUUGGUGCCGUCUAUGUGUUCAGUGAAGCACUCAACCCAGCACAGAUAUUUGCAAUUCACCAGUUAGGACCUGGAUACAAGAGUACCUUCAAGUUUAAAUCUGAGAGUGAUAUUCACUUGGCAGAACAUCAUAAACAGGUCCUAUAUGAUGGGAAACUUGCAAGUAGUAUUGCCUUUACCUACAAUGCUAAGGCCACUGAUGCUCAGCUAUGCUUGGAAUCAUCACCAAAGGAAAAUGCAUCUAUUUUUGUGCAUUCCCCUCAUGCUCUAAUGCUCCAGGAUGUGAAAGCUAUUGUAACACAUUCAAUUCACAGUGCAAUUCACUCAAUUGGAGGGAUUCAAGUGCUUUUUCCACUUUUUGCCCAGCUGGACAAUCGGCAGCUCAAUGACAGUCAAGUGGAAACGACUGUCUGUGCUACUCUUUUGGCGUUCCUACUAUUUAAAAGUUCAGUAGCCAUGCAAGAACAGAUGCUGGGAGGAAAAGGCUUUUUAGUCAUUGGCUACUUACUUGAAAAGUCAUCAAGAGUUCAUAUAACUCGAGCUGUUCUGGAGCAAUUUUUAUCCUUUGCAAAAUACCUUGAUGGUUUAUCUCAUGGCGCACCUUUGUUGAAGCAGCUUUGUGAUCACAUUUUAUUCAAUCCAGCCAUCUGGAUCCAUACACCUGCUAAGGUUCAACUUUCCCUGUAUACAUAUUUGUCUGCUGAAUUUAUUGGAACUGCUACCAUCUACACCACCAUACGGAGAGUAGGAACAGUAUUACAGCUAAUGCAUACAUUAAAAUACUACUACUGGGUUAUUAAUCCUGCUGACAGUAGUGGCAUCACACCUAAAGGAUUAGAUGGUCCUCGGCCAUCACAAAAAGAAAUCAUAUCACUACGGGCAUUUAUGCUCCUUUUUCUGAAGCAACUCAUACUGAAGGAUCGAGGGGUUAAGGAAGAUGAACUUCAGAGUAUAUUAAAUUAUCUACUUACAAUGCAUGAGGAUGAAAAUAUUCAUGAUGUGUUACAGUUAUUAGUGGCUUUAAUGUCAGAACACCCAGCCUCUAUGAUACCAGCAUUUGAUCAAAGAAAUGGAAUAAGGGUGAUCUACAAAUUAUUGGCUUCAAAAAGUGAAAGUAUUUGGGUUCAAGCUCUGAAGGUUCUAGGAUACUUUCUGAAGCAUUUAGGGCACAAGUAA